CAAAGGGCGCGGGGCACGUCGCAGGCAGUGGUGCCGGCGGGACAGCAGGUGUCGCCGCAGACAGCCCAGGCCUUUGCGCAGAAGACGCUGGGCAACCUGUACGAAUAUGCGAUGUCGUUUGCGACGCGCGCCGACUCCUCGAUGGGAUUGAUCGGGUCUGGCGCCCCGGUCCAGGUUCUGCCGACAAAGGUGUUUGACGACUGGUACAACAACCUCCUGCGAAAGAUCCGGCGGGAUCCAGCAAAUUCGAUGAGCAUGUGAAGUCCGCGCUAAGAAAAAUAAUUGUUUAUUAAAUGUUUCAACGGCUCCAUAACGCGCCCACAAGGGCAGUGCAGACGACACCUGGGUGGCAGGGUGCGCUUUUUUGGGGAGGGGAUAUUUCAAUUGGCACUCCUCUCAAAAACCGAGCCUGGAGGCUUCGUUUUGAAGUCUCUGCUCACUCUUUUUUCCUCGGAUCCAUAGCUCUGUGCGGUAGCUAUAUCCAGCGCCAAGGAGUUGGCGUUUCAUGUACGGGGGAGGCCGCACACCAAAGCCGAGGUUUAUCACUCGGCGGGCAAGAGCUAGCCGCUCGCACUAUAUCCCCGCCCGCCGCGUUUCAUGCCCUCGCAACAUCCACACCAAUCGCCCCAAAAUAUGAGAUUUCUCGCCACGCAGCGCCCGAGCGGAAGUGGGCUGCAGCUUACGCUCAGCACAGCGGCAUCGCAGCGCAAUUGUCCGUAGCCUGCAGCAAUGCGAAAAGCAGUCACACAUGGGGGUGAAAUUGUGGUACGGCCCAAAUGUAUUAUAACCUC